AAAAAAAAAAAACCUGUUCACUUUGAAAGCAAGUUACAGUUCAAUACAUUUGUUUUAAACUACAGUUUCGUCGUAUAAUCGCACCAUGGCAGUAGACACCAUCAGUUCAUCCAAUACUGCCUUCUCGGCCAUCCCCGCCACCACCUCUAAUACCACAAAUGCCGUCACUUGUCUUUUAAAUCCGUCACAUAACCCUCAAUACUCAAGUCACCGUCAUGAUCAAAAUCCGUCUGUCCCUACUCAUCGUCAUCGUCAAGUAUCUGUCCCAUGAUCAAUGAACUUAUCGUGAGUUCUCUUAAAAAAUAGUUGUCGUAGAUCGCCCACCUAAAAGAAAGCGGAUAUCGCCGGAGCAGUUGUACACACUGACAAAGUUAUUCGAAUCAACUGAUACACCCUCCCAUGAGCAACGAGAACGAUUGGCUAAGCAGCUGCAAAUGACGAAUCGUGAAGUUCAGGUAUGGUUUCAGAAUCGGCGAGCCAAGGCGAACCGACUUCGACAGCAAGCAUUACGACAACAAAAAGUAGCCGGUUACAAAUCCAAAGUCAUACGGCCUAAACAAUGGUCGAGUUUUCGACGAUAUUCUUAUGUCGAGCAACACCGAAUGUCACUAUCGUCUCCUGCAACAUCACACAUACCAUUAUCGCCACCAUCUCCACCUCAUAUGCAAUACGAGCCACUCUAUCAUCGUUCUAUUAUGCCACGCCACGUCUCUCCCGAUACGAUGCCAGUUGAAUCUAAUUCAUAUGGAGCCAUGGAUACGUCUUUAUACGGUCGUGACAGGGAAGAAGAGGAAAAUUCAAUCACUGCCUCGUCAUCAUCGGCUGAAUCAACUCCUAUCGGCUCAACUCGGGCGUACUCCAUUCAUGUGACCGCCAUCGACAUUUUAGCCACAGCUGCAGAAUACGUCCAACGAUGGGAUGAAGAAGAGGAAAGGAAAAAACGACAAAUGGACGCAUCUUCCAAGUCCCAUGAAAGCUGGCGUCCAUGGUUGAUAUAAGCUUAAGAUUCAAAAAAAAGGAGGGACCAUCUUGUUCGCACACAGAUCUGACAUUUAUGCGGUGGUUGCUAUUCAAUAUGGCAUUUAAAGUUUUUAGCUUUCUCAUCAGAAAGAUCUUUUGGUUUCUCAUUAAAGAUCAGUAAGCGG